CAUCAACCUCAAGGUGUUUUAAAAGUUUAGCCCAACUCUCCAUCCUUUUAAGACUAUUCCUUCUUUGAGCUCUAAUGGCCUGUUGCUGAAAUUCAAAUCCCUUCCGCGUCCUCCACCUUCCUCUCUUGACCUCAUGUAAAUCGAUUUCUAAAUUUCAUUUCAGUUCUUAACUCUGUUACUUUUUGUUCAUCAAUUAAUCGUAUUUGAUUUCGUUUUUUGAUUGAAUGUAAUUAUCUAUCUAUGUGUUCUUGUUGUUCAUCAAUCGUACCUGGUUUUCUCUUGAUUGGAUUUGUAUCUCUGUGAUUUUCCGAUGAAUCGUUUCUUCUGGAAUUUGGACGAACAUGUCGAACAUUCCGACUUCGAUUUCUGAAAUCUGCCUCUCCAUGUCCACCGCCGAUCCUUGGCCGUUUUCUCAAUCGUUUUGAUGUUCUUGAUUUUCCUCUUUCUGCUCUUCGGUUUUUCCUCGUUUUUAUCGCCGCGAUGAGACGAAUCAGAGGAUUGAAACUCGGCAAACACAUCCGGCGGAUCUCGAAUUGGAUUCUCCAGAUACGACGGCGGAGGCGAUCUGGAUACUCCUCGUUAUCCUCCGGACGUUCAUCCAAGCCGAUCGCCAGGCUGUUAAGUUGGGGAAGGCGAUUGACGGACGGAGCGAAAUCGAUCUGUUCGAGUAGAAAGAGAUUGAGUUACGUACCGUUAGAUCGCGACACGGAAGAGAAAUCCACAGUGGUUCCGAAAGGUCACUUGGCCGUCUACGUCGGCCAGAACGACGGCGAGUUUCACCGAGUUCUGGUGCCGGUGAUCUACUUCAGCCAUCCUCUGUUCGAACAGCUUCUGAAAGAGGCAGAGAAGGAGUACGGAUUUCAACAUCAAGGUGGAAUCACAAUUCCUUGUCCGUACUCCGAGUUCGAGAACGUUCAAUCAAGAAUUAAGUCCUGUUCCCCUCGCCGGAGACCGCCAUGGAAGAAGCUCGGUUGUUACGGACGUUAAUUUGAUUUUCCGAUGACGCCGAUGAUUCCAAAUUCCAGAGGAUAGUGACAGUUAAAGACUUCGCCUCAUUUAUUAGAUAAUUUUUUUUCUUUGGUAAAUUACAUUUUUAGGCAACAUAUA